GUGUGCGCUACGUCGAUUCGAGCGUGGGCCACUGUUAGGAAUACUUGAGUGGGACUGCGGUGGGAUGCCGAUAAGGAAACUAGGAUUAGUUUCUGGUCCGUGUACUAGGGGAAGGGAGUUAACUUACCUUUGGAAACCCUAGGGGCCGGGAGGCACUCGUAGCCUCGAGAGGCUACAACGGGAGGAUCCAAACUAGGACUUUAGGAGGCGCAUCAAUCGCUGGGAGGCGGCACAGCUAGCGUUAGGCUGAUCAGAGGCACUCAUUCAAUUAUUUAUUUACUUGUAAUUACAGCAAUCAGUUAAUUAUUGAGGGUACAAUUUAAUCGAUAACUGGGAGGUUCAAGCAGCAGUUAAUCGAGUGAUAAUUAAAGGAGGUCACAUCAUCAUUAUUUUCUUGUCCCAUUGACUCUUGUCCUGUGUGCUGUCUGUUCCCGAGGAGGUUUACUGAGGGUCCAGUCAUUAGCCCUGUGCAUUAGGCGGUACAUGAUUUCCGCCUAACGGGCCUACUCCACCGGUCUUGGGUCUCUUGAAGGAGGUACCACACCUGCUGGGUGACCACCGGGGGGAACAAAUCGUCCGGGGUAAUUUGAAGAGGGAAUCACACAAAUUGAAGAAACGGCAUGAAAAGUCGUCACUGAAUCAUGACAACACCUUCCUGGAAAACCUUCCUCGGACCAAGCUCCAUCAGAUCAUUUGUCUGGAGGAGAAACUCAUGAAGGAAGGAAAGUUCAGGACCAUUGAAGACUUGGAGAACUUCUGGAGCGACAUUGAAAAGCCAGAGAACCUCCAGUUGCUGUUUGGAGGCGGGGAAGCACUGACGACUGGGGGCUAUGGCACUCAUGUUGGCUCUCAGGAGGAUAUCCAUACAGAGCCGUCCCUGUGUAACAGUGUGACGUCAUCAUUGACCUCUCUCAAUCAAGAGGAUGGACCCACAGACACCUUCUCCCGAGGCCUGUCCCAGAUCUAUGAAGACAGCGAACCUUCUCGCCCAGGCACUAAGACAGGCGGGAGUCAGAGCUGGGCGGUUACCCAGCAAUUCAAGAAGAUGGAUAAGACAGGCAAGAAUGGUCGUAAGAUGACCUCACCGGGCUUGAAAGAGCAAGACCCAGAUCCAACAGUACAGCUAGGAAAGGUGGAGUUCCCCCAGCUCUCCUGCUUCACCAUGGAUCUUGAGCCUCCAAAGGAGGACCCUGAGGCAAUCAGACUGAGGGAGGAGUACCGUCUCAAGGCAAGGAUGAGGGAUUAUGAGAAGAAAAGAAUACAGAAGAUGUACGAGACGUCACUGACACACCAGGCUGCUACACAGAGAAUAUUAGGCAAGAAUGCUGAGUUCCUGGAUGUACUGCGGGGUCCCAGCUUAGCCGAUGUGGUCAAUGCUGAAGCAACAGCCUCCUCCAGUGACUGUAACUCGGACAUUUUUGUCGACGACCUCGGACUUGACAGGCCACUCCUCGCACUGACAAUGUCAGGAGAAGAUUCUUCCAGGUCUCAGAGACGCAGACAAGGGACGGAGAAGGAUGGAGGAAGGAAUUCACACGGCGGGUCCACACGGCAGAGCUCAGCUAGCUCCACAGGGUCACAGUCUAGGUAAG